AUGGGGCGGGCGGCGCUGGCGCUGUGGACGGUGGUGGCCGCCGCUGCCGUAUGGCCUUCGGGAGCGGCGGCGGGGGGGCCAGCAGAUGCCAAGUGGAAAAGAAUAACUGAUCAAAUUAACAGAGCUGUAGAAGUCUAUAAGCCAUGUGUAAAGGAGAAUUGUAGCUGCCACCAAAGUGUCUGGAAACAGGACCUGGCUCCUUUUCAAAGUGGCAUUUCCAAAGAGGCAAUAUCAGACGUGGUGAGCCGGAAGCUCGGGACGCACUACCAAAUCAUUAAGAACAAGCUGUACCGUGAACAUGACUGCAUGUUCCCUGCAAGAUGCAGUGGAGUUGAGCAUUUCAUUCACGAGAUCAUCAACCGCCUCCCUGACAUGGAAAUGGUGAUUAAUGUGAGAGACUACCCCCAGGUCCCCAAGUGGAUGAAACCCAUUAUCCCAGUCUUCUCCUUCAGUAAGACAGCUGAAUACAAUGAUAUAAUGUAUCCUGCCUGGACGUUUUGGGAAGGAGGACCGGCUGUUUGGCCAAUUUACCCAACAGGUUUGGGGCGCUGGGACCUCAUGAGAGAAGACCUCAGAAGAUCUGCAGAAAAAUGGCCGUGGAAGAAAAAAAUCUCUAAAGGAUAUUUCCGAGGGUCCAGGACGAGCUCCGAAAGGGAUCCCCUCAUUCUGCUGUCCCGAGAAAACCCAGAACUCGUUGAUGCAGAGUACACCAAAAACCAGGCUUGGAAAUCUGAGAAGGACACCUUGGGGAAGCCUCCUGCAAAAGAAAUUCCACUGGUUGAUCACUGCAAAUACAAGUAUCUGUUUAAUUUCCGGGGAGUGGCCGCCAGUUUCCGUUUGAAACACCUCUUCCUGUGUGGUUCACUCGUCUUUCACGUUGGAGAAGAGUGGUUGGAGUUCUUCUAUCAACAGCUGAAGCCCUGGGUCCACUACAUCCCAGUCAGAUCAGAUCUCUCUGAUGUCAGGGAGCUGUUGCAGUUUGCAAAGGAAAAUGACAACAUAGCACAGGAAAUUGCAGAGAGGGGACGCCAAUUCAUCACUGAACACUUGCAGAUGGAGGAUGUCUCUUGCUACUGGGAGCAUCUGUUGUCAGAAUAUUCCCAAACCUUGACUUACAAAGUGAAAAGGAGGAAGAACUACAGUGAGAUCACUUCUGAAUGGUUGAAAACAGAACUGUAGAGACUUCUCUGCUUUUUCCUUCAGCUCAAACUGAUCUCUCUGGAAAUCUGAAGAUGGGUGUAUCUUCUUUCCAGUUCUCUCAGAUUUAUUAUUCUUUACACUAAAACUGCAGAGAGCACCAA